AUGUCAGUCGGCUUCGAUAAACGGCGGAUACGAAUCGGAAUGAGUUCAAAGGAAAUCAAACCUUCUUCCGUUCCAUUUUUAUUCUUUUUUAUUGGAAUAUAUAUUUCUCCUCUUUUUUUUCUUUUCCCUCUCGUACUCUCUUUUUUUUCCUCAUCCCCGCUUUUUAUUCUCCUCCUUUUCCCCCCUUUUCUUCAUUUGUCUUCUUUUUCCUCAUCCUUUAUUUUCUUUGCCGCUCUGUUUAAUCUGCCUGCCCCUCUCUCUCUCUGUCUCUCUCUGUCUCUGUCUCUCUCUGUCUCUCUCUCUGUCUCUGUCUCUGUCUCUGUCUCUGUCUCUCUCUCUCUCUCUCUCUCUCUCUCUCUCUCUCUCUCUCUCUCUCUGAAUUGUCACUUUUUUCUUUAUUUCCUCCUACUUCCCUCUCUUUCUCUCUCUCUCUCUUUCAUUCUGUUUCUCUCUCUCUCUCUCUUUCAUUCUCUUUCUCUCUCUCUCGUUUGCUCUCACGUUGAUUUGCACAUUAAUUCAUUUCAGCUUCAUUUCUCUUUUCUCUCGCCUUUAUGUUUUCAUUCUUUUUUUUCUAUCAACCUUAUUCUGUCAACCAAACCUUUUCUAUUAACUUUUCAUUCAUCUCUCUCGCUCUCUUCUUCUUCUUCUUCUUCUUCUUCUUCUUCUUCUUCUUCUUCUUCUUCUUCUUCUUCUUCCAUUUCCUUUCUCACCCUCUUUCUUUUUAUCGUCAUAUUUUUUACAUUUCCUUUUAAUGAAAAAUUACUUUUUCAAAUAUAUUUUUCUUCUCUCCUAUUCCAUGCCUACAUUCUCGCUUGUUAG